GGGUCUUGUUUUGAAGCUCUCCUAUGGAUUUACUCUCAGAUCUGCUCGAGUCCUACCACAAGAUAAUCUCAGAUAAGCUUAGUGAAAGAAGGACAGGAGCUGAAACUUUAAGAAAGUUGCUACAGGCUGAUAACUCCAGGGACCUAAUCCAAGAUAGGAGCAGUUCCUCUUCUUCUCGUGGAAGGCGACCCUCUAGUUGUGGUAAUGUUCCGUCAUGGGAUGACCUAUUUAUAGCUGUUAAGGAGUCCCUCAUGAAGGAGAUAGAGAAUAUUAGAAAUUUGGAGCAGUUGCGUCCUAAUCCAUCCAGUUCAGCUCAAACAGGAAGAAAGAAGCAAAUUCAGGAUAUUUUUGAAACAUUACGUGUUCUACUUAAAGCAGCCAAUUCAA